ACACGACUGCGCACUCAGCAGCACCAUCACCUCCCACACGGUGAUCUGACCAUCGCAAACACCGACCACCGACAUCAUGAAGUUGUUGCUGUUGGCAGCACUGGUAGCCGUGGUUGCGGCCGAGCGGCUGGACAACUCGUACCUGCCUCCAGCGGGUGCGCCACUGGCCGGCGGUGCUCCAGGAGCCAUCGCAGCGCCCUUCGGCGGUCCUGGAGGAGCGUUUAGGCCCGGAGCUGGAGGUGCAGCUGGAAGACCUGGACUGGGCGGCAUUGGAGGUGCUGGAGGCCCCGGUGCUGGUGGAUUCCCAGGUGCUGGCCGCGGUCCUGGAGGUGCUGGAGCCGGUGGAUUCCCUGGUGCUGGAAGCGCUGGUGGGUUUCCGGGAGCUGGAGCUGGAGCUGGUGGCGCUAGGCCUGGCGCAGGUGGAUUCCCUGGUGCUGGAGGAGCAGGUGGAUUCCCUGGUGCUCGAGGCCCUGGUGGAUUCCCUGGAGCUGGAGCCGGUGGCGCUAGGCCUGGUGCAGGUGGAUUCCCUGGUGCUGGAGGAGCUGGUGGAUUCCCUGGUGCUGGAGGCGCCGGUGGGUUCCCUGGAGCUGGAGCCGGUGGCGCUAGACCUGGUGCAGGAGGAUUCCCUGGUGCUGGAGGAGCUGGUGGGUUCCCUGGUGCAGGAGGAGCGGGCGGAUUUCCUGGAGCUGGAGCUGGUGGUGCUAGGCCUGGUGCUGGAGCUGGUGGUGCUAGGCCUGGCGCUGGGGGAUUCCCUGGCGCUGGAGGAGCUGGUGGUGCUGCUGGUGGUCCCGUCAUCCCCAUCCUCAAGUACGAGAAUGUCAACAAUGGUGAUGGCUCCUACUACUUCAGCUAUGAAACCGGCAACGGCAUCGCCCAGGACGAGCAGGGCUACCUGAAGAACGCUGGAAUCCCUGAUGCUGAGGCCGAGACCGUGCAGGGCCGCUACACGUACACUGGAGACGAUGGUGUGCAGUACACCAUAACCUACACUGCCGAUGAGAACGGCUUCCAGCCGCAGGGCGCCCAUCUGCCCACUCCACCACCAAUCCCCGAGGAGAUCCUUCGCUCCCUGGAGCAGAACGCUGCUGAAGAGGCAGCUGCGGCAAAGGCUGGAGGAGUCGCUGGUGGUGCUUUCGGUGGUGCUCCAGGAGCUGGUUCUGGCGGUGCCUUUGGUGGGGCACCUGGAGCCGGUGCUGGUGGUCCUUUUGGAGGUCGUCCAGGCGCUGGUGCUGGUGCUGGAGGUCCCUCGGGUGGUGCUCCUGGAGCUGGUGGUGUAUUUGGUGGUGGCAGAGCUCCUGGUGCUGGAGCCUUCGGCCGUCCCGGUGCUGGAGCUGGAGCAACGCCCGGCUACUCGCCAGAGAGUGGCUACUCGUACCCUAACCCUGGCAAAUAGGCACCGAGGUAGCCAGUAGCCAGUAGCCAGACAACAGCCGACAGCCGACCAGAUGCAACGCGACUCCGGACCACGACCUCGCCCACCGCGCCAGCCGACCACGGGUAGCUGAACACGUGGCCGAGCUGUUCAAGACUCUCCUUCGUCCAACUGACUAACAGCGUCGUCAUCCGACGUCCCUUUCCUGACCCGAAGGUGUCUCGAAUGCUGCUGCGUUGAUCGGAGGGCCAUCGACGAAUGCUUCACAGGCGACGAUCAGGAAUUUUUCCACUCAAACCCCUACAUUUCAAUACCGAAUACCAGCACAUCCUCCACAUCCUAUCUCACCUAUCCUUUGUCCCCUUUGUCCUCAUCGCUGGUGCAGAUAGCGUGUUAAUGCCUCUAUCUCAUGCAGUUCCUUUUCGUCGCCUUUGACCCAAGCCGACGAAAAAGCUAGACUACAACUGCAGAAAGUACGAGACAGCUUCACUCUUUUUUUUCUGUUUACUGAAGAUACUCACUACUUACUUUGCUUUCGCAGAUGCACAAAGACGACAUCUGUGAUGCUUAUGACGACAAGGCACGCUACGAGAAAGUAUUCAAGUCAUUAUUUUUAAAAGACUAUUUAUUUUUAUAUGUAUAUAAAAAUGUAAAAAAAAAUAUUGUGUGUAAAAUAUAUUUUUAAUAAAUAUUGUUUUUCUUAAA